GGCCAGUCUCUGGAGAGCUCUGCUAUGGCUCAGAUGGCCAAGAAAGUCCACUGGUCUAGCGCAGCAGCAGGAGCAGCCGCUGCUGCCAAAAUUUCGAAGCUUGAGAAGACCACCAAAAGAUUCAAACUUAUUAAGAAGCGAAACCCUAGUUCUAAGCUUCCCAAGAGAUCUUCACACUCUUUACUUUGUUCUCUUUCUCGUUCCUGUUGUUGCUGUCGCUGUCGUUGUUGCUGUUACUGUCGUUGCUGUCGUUGUUGCUGUAGUCGUUCUCGUCGUUUUCGUAGCAGAACUACAUUAAAGGUGAGAGAUCCCAAGUUCUUUCAGAUUACGGAGAAGGGGGAGCAAUCACUUCAAAGAAGAAUUAGGAGACAAUUGACGCGGAGCCAACUGGAGCUGAUCGAACCGGAACCGACCAUGGCUUUGGAGCCAAGCGAGAUUACAGUGGCAUUCUUCUCUCAUAAGAAUGCCAAUGUGUCUGAUCCAGAGGAAGUUCCACCAUGCCUUGACAGUGACCCAUUUCCGAAUGGAGACUUGGCCAGUUCCUAGACCCCGAACGGGUCCAAAGUCCCAUGAAACAUCAGUGGACGGGUCUGGGAGCUGAGCUGUGGUCCUGUCAAGGAAACUCUUCACCACAAACUAAUUUGAAUGAUGGUGAAAAUAAUCAGAUGUGAAAAUAUG